GUCCGCGUUUCCGCAAUUAUUCGUCCCUCAACUGUACGAGUGUCAAUACACCCCGCAAGCCGUGGCAACCACUAUAUUCUACUCUAUUCUUUGUUGUGUAUCAUGGAAGUCGUUGGCGCUAGAAGAUCCUGUCGUCACUGCAGCGGAGCUAAGCGGAAAUGCGACCGAGCCGUGCCGUCAUGCCGACUUUGUAGGAGAAAGAAGCUGGAAUGCGUAUACCCGCCUCGAAAGCCAUCUCGCUUUGUUCCAAUCGAAUCUGAGAACACGACAUCUAUUUUUUCCGAUUUAGAAAGCAAUUUGCUUGACUUCGAGGCCAUGAACGACGCGCUAUCACUAUCCUUUCUUGCCCCAGCGCUCGACAACCAGUCAAGUUCAACAGUCGCGUUGGACGUGGAAGAAGCCAGACAUCGUGGAGCCUGGUUUUUAGAGCCUGAUUCCUUUUUGGUCGAUCAUAGACCCAUGCCCAUUCCUCUAGACUUCCAAAUCAGCGAUCUCUACAAGUACAUCGGACUUUUCCAAGAGUGGAUGGUGUCAUGGGUGAAGACCUGCCACAAUCCUUUCAUUCACCCCAAGUUGUAUCGGCACGGAUUCCCUCAUUGUCUACAAACUGCCUUCACGACAUAUUCCGCUUAUAUCAGUAGAACACCAGACAAUAGAGCAACUAUUCUUGGUAUUGUGAACGACCAAGCGAAUAUCAUCACCUCCAUGUAUGACGCGGAAACGGAUACGUCCUCACCUUUGCUAGACGACAUAGCACGUAUACACGCGCUGUUGGCUUACCAGAUCAUCAGUCUUUUUGAUGGAGAUAUCCGUUCGCGCCAUCUCGCAGAGAAGCGCACACCUUAUCUCACCAUGUUCAUGGACUCCGCCCUCGAGAAAGCCAGACGGUUCGGGAAAGAGCAGAUUGUGGCUGAAACCACCAAUAUCACUGUAGCUUUAUGCCAAUCAGCCAUCUCAGAUGAAUCGCUGUGGCAGCUGUGGAUUAUCUCGGAAAGCCUGCGACGCACGUGGCUCAUCUCUGCUGCCGUUAUAUGCGGAUACGAGGCUAUUAAAGAGGAGUGGACGAGUUGCUACGGCGAUCUUUUGUUCACGCACGGUGUAGAUUUGUGGUCGGCGGAUUCUGCUUCUGCUUGGACGAAGUUGGUUGCUGAACGAGACGUGCUUUUUUUGGGUCGGUUCGAUGGGGAGCGGCUGUUCAAGUUGCCAGAAAGGGACGUGGAUGAAUUUAGCAAGUUGAUGCUGGAGUUGACUUUUGGGAAACAGAGAUAUGCCGAGUGGCUGCAUAGAGCCUGA